UCUCUUUCCGAAUCAAGCGAGCAUCAUGAGGCUGCUGUGCGAUCGCGUCGUUCGCUGAUAGACAUAGACACGCAUCUUGACGAGUUUGUGAUAUUGAUGAGCCGCAUACAAGUGCGAAGACAACGAGUUGUACGUGUUAUUUUGACAAUCGGGAACAGUGCUGUUUACGUGCGCAGAGAGAAAUUUUGAGGGCACAUCAAUUUGCCCCGGAGACAGAGAGCGAGGGAAAAAAAGGACGAGUCGCGCGGCGCGAAUGUGCACGUCGAUAUAAGCCGGUUGACAAGAGAGAAGGAGGAGGCGAAAGUGCUUCGCAAAAGGGAGAGACGACGAUUUAUCGAGCCGAGAUGGAUACCGUUCUCGAGAAGAUGGGCAAGAUCAACCUGAGGAUUCCGAGCUGUCCUGUGAAGGUUCACAGUCCACAGCCCCUGAAGGAGUUUGUGGGUCGCUGUCAGACGAUGCCAUCGCGAGUGAAAAAGUCUUUCUGUGGCUGCCUACAGGAUGACGAGCCACCGGAAAUUACGUAUUGCGUGGUGGAACAGACGGGCACACUCACGCUUCAAGCAAUGACACCAACGCUGCCAAUGCCCGCCGAAGAGGAACUGAACAAGAUGUUUCUUGAACUCGUUGAUGAGCUAGAUCUCACGCAGGCAAAUCGUCAAGCGGUUCUUGCAUUGCCUGCUAACAAAAAAUGGCAGAUCUAUUGUUCGCGCAAAGGUAAUGGUACCCUUGAUAACGGUGGACUCAGAACAACAGAUCUCAGUGGUGAUCCUGAGGAUUACAUUAAUCGAGUCAAGUCUAUUAAUAGCAACCAAAGUACAGAGGAUGUGGAAGAAAUUGCAAAUCAAGUGCGACACGCAGAAGCUUUAAAAACUGCACUUCGAACACAACCACACAGUUUUGUCAUAAGGUUUAUAGAAUUGGAUGGUUUGAAUACACUUUUACAAGUUCUGGAAACUAUGGACGUCGAAGCAGCCAACAGCAAUUUGCACACAAGUGUUAUUGGUUGUCUGAAAUCACUAAUGAACAACUCGAACGGUCGGGCACACGUACUAGCUCACCCAACAGCGAUCAACACAAUAUCACAGUCAUUAGCCACAGAAAACAUCAAAACGAAAAUCGCUGUUCUGGAGAUCCUCGGCGCCGUGUGCCUCGUUCCAGGUGGUCAUCGCAAAGUCCUAGAAGCCAUGUUACAUUUCCAGAAAUAUUACUCGGAACGCACACGUUUUCAAUCAAUCAUCAAUGAUCUCGACAAAAACUUUGGUAUUUACAAAGACAACCUUUCACUGAAGACUGCCAUCAUGUCAUUCAUCAACGCAGUACUCAAUUAUGGACCUGGACAAGUGACCCUCGAAUUCAGGUUGCAUCUUAGGUACGAGUUACUGAUGUUAGGAAUACAACCAAUCAUCGAUAAGUUGAGGAAGUACGAAAACGAAACGCUAGAUCGACAUUUAGAUUUUUUUGAGAUGGUACGAAAUGAAGAUGAAAAGGAACUGGCGAGAAAAUUUGAGAAGGAACACGUGGAUACAAAAAGUGCAACGGCUAUGUUUGAUCUAUUGAGGCGAAAACUUGGCCAUACAGCUGCGUAUCCACAUUUACUAAGUUUACUUGAGCAUUGCUUAUUACUGCCAUUGGACUAUGGCUCAUAUCCUCAGCACUGGUUACUUUUCGACCGAAUCGUCCAACAAAUAGUAUUACAGUCGGAAGGAAACAAUGCCACAGUUACGAGAAAUCCUGACGUUGCCCCGAUCCAAAUCAAUGUCAAGGAGAUUGUGCAUCUGUUGGCUAAGGAAGAGGAACUCGUUGCCGCACGAAAAAAAGCUGAAGAAUUAGAAAAGGAAAAUUCAGAUAUGUCAUCAAGACUGGCAAAAAAGGAGCAAGAAUUGGAUCUGCAGACACAAGAGAAAGAAGAUAUCGAAGCAAGUUUAGCACGAGUAAAGGAGCGUUUGGAAAAAGAGACAUCUCUACAUAUAGAAACGAAACAGAGAAUCUCUGAGUUGCAGGAUAAUAUUGAGACGUUAUCACGGCAAGUAAACAAUGAAAAAUUGGAAAGAAAACGACUUGAACAGUUAGUAGCAUCGGGGAAUUUGCCUGAUGAUGCGAAAGCUACUAUUAAAAUUGUUGAAGAUGAGGUUAUGGAGAAGGUUGAAGCUAAACCGGUUCCACCACCUCCACCUCCUCCGCCACUCGCUCCUCCGCCACCACCUUUACUUAUGCCUGCAGCUCCACCACCGAUGAAAGUGGAAAUGCAAAAGGACGUUCCUCGAUCCAGCAAUCCCCUCAAAUCUUUUAACUGGUCGAAAAUUCCAGAACAAAAAUUACAAGGCACAAUAUGGUCAGAAUUAGAUGAGUCAAAAUGCUACGGUGUCAUAGACUUGGAUACUAUCGAUAGAGUAUUCUGUGCCUUCCAAAAGAAUGGGGUACCUACUGAAGGAUCAAUCGAAGAUCUGCGUAAUCUUGGCAAGAAUAAGAAAACAAUGUCAGUGAUCGAUUCGAGAAGAGCACAGAAUUGCACUAUUCUUUUGUCGAAAUUAAAAAUGACAGACAGCGAAAUCACGAGAGCGAUUUUAUCUAUGGACCAGCAAAAUAUAUUGCACAUUGAUAUGGUCGAGCAAUUGCUGAAAUAUAUUCCUUCGCCCGAGGAAGCUGCCUCGCUAGACAUACAUCAGAAAGAUCUUCAGAGCAGAGCAGAUUGUUUCUUACACCAAAUAUCCAAAGUUCCGCACUACGAGCAACGUCUGCGCUCGUUGCACUACAAGAAGAAGUUCGCGGCGGUCAUUGCUGAACUGACACCGCGAAUGCGCGCAGUGCAUGAGGCUUCACGUGAGGUCGCACGAUCACGCAAACUACGCAAGAUCCUUGAGUUAGUCCUUGCUCUUGGCAACUAUGUCAAUCGCAAUAAUGGCAGGGGUAAUGCUUUCGGUUUCCGAUUAGCUUCGCUUAAUAGACUCGUCGAUACCAAAUCAUCGUGUGCUAAGGGCACUACUCUGCUCCAUUAUUUGGUGCAGUUGCUCGACGCGAGGUUCAAGGAUGUACUUGACCUUGAAGAGGAUAUGCCACAUGUGAGAACUGCUGCUAAAGUUAGUAUGAUUGAUGUGCAGAAGGAGAUGGCUAAUUUGAAGAAUGGGCUGCAGGAUGUGCAAAGAGAAAUCGAAUUUCAUCGAGGUCAAGUCCAGGUGCUUCAGGGUGAUAUGUUCUUACCAGCCAUGCGGGAUUUUCAAGCUCAAGCUACAUGCAGACUGGGAGAAGCUGACGAUCUCUUCCAAGACAUGAAGGCUAGAUUUGACAGAGCUAUUUGCCUUUUCGGUGAGGACUCUGCGGGUAUCCAGCCUGACGAGUUCUUCGGUAUCUUUGAGAAUUUCCUUCAGGCGAUAUCAGAGGCCAGACAAGAUGUCGAGAAUAUGAGAAGGAAAGUCGAGGAAGAGGAGCGACGAGCCAAACAGGAACAGGAAUUGAAAAAACGCACAAUGGAGAGAAAAAAUUCACGUGAAGGAAUUCUUAACAGUAUCACUAUAAAUAAAAAAAAUGAAACGAAUGGUCAGAAUGGUCAUGUUGAUAACAAAGGAGAGUUCGACGAUUUGAUCUCAGCAUUGCGGACAGGUGACGUUUUCGGCGAAGACAUUGCGAAAUUCAAACGGUCUAAGAGACGUCCAGUGACUCCUAGUGGUAGCGCCGUCAAUCCAGAAUCACGAAGGCAUAGUGCACAUCGCGAAGACUCGCGCGAGAGACACUGAAUAUUUUCUUAACAAUCACCUGUCGUUGUAAUAUCGAUUUUACGUUUGUUAAUACAUCGAUCGCAUCGUCAAGGAGCAGUUAUUUCUUUAGAUACACAUUCCGGUGGCUAUAUGUUUGUAUAGCAACGAAAUAUAAUUACCAUUUAAAAAUCAAGAUGAUUUAGUCGGCAAGUAAUCUACAGCCAUAUACAAAGUGAUUUGGAACAUAUGAAAUAAUGACUGUUCAAUUCAAAGAAAUUAUUAGAAUACACAUUUUUUUAUAUAACUUUACAAAUGAAAUAUUGUAGAGAGCAUUUUAUGAACAUUCAUGCAAAGUUAUUGAAUUAUUGAUUUUCAAAUUAUCGUUUAGUUUUUUCGAUAACGUGAAUUGAUCAACUUUUUAUCAUUGAAAAUACAUAACAUUUGCGGUGGCGAAAAUCUACAUCCUUUUUAUUGUGACAUGAAGCUUUUUUGUGUGCCAACAGUUAUAAUGAUUUAAUAACGAGAUAGUAUUAUAAAGGUGCACUUAUUCACUGGCAGUGUAAAUAGAUUUUUUGUUUUUAUUUCCAGUGUUGAUAGAAGAUUAUGCUUUACUGUAGUUAUAAUUUAGUGACGCUAUUGUACAAUUUUUUGAAAUCGCCAAACGUUACAAAUGCUUGAUUUUUCCUUUGUUUUUAUAUGAAGUUUAGUUAUUUUAUUAUUUUUAGUUUGAUUUUUUCUUUGGUUGUGAUAUGAACAGCCAAAUCCAAAAUAACAAUAUUUAUAAUCAAAGCUUUUUAUUAAAUUAAAUGGUAUGAAUUUUUUAUGUACCUAAAUUCAUAAAUUGCAAAAACUCUGUUGUACGUGAUAAACUUUCAUUGUAAAUAUAGUCAUUAUGUUAUAUGUAUUAUACACAUAUAUUUUAUUAUAGCCGUUAAUCGACAUUUUAAAGAAAAGUUGUCUUUGAAUCCGAUAUCGAAAUCAUCUAUUUUACACCAUUUGUACCAACAUUAUAUUAAUUUGUCAUCGACAAAAAAAAAAGAUCUGUUUAUUUAUUUGUAAGAUAAAUUAUACUGGUGCAUAAUAUGUCUAUAAAAUAUUAGACUGUCGCGGUGAACAUUUUGUAUACAAAAUUAUCCGAUAUGACGUGAAUCUUGACAGUAGUAAAUGAAUCGUUUAGUGUGCGACUCUUGUAUCAAUUUUCUUACAAAAGUUUUGAAAUAAGAAUAUAAAAUAACAUUCUGAAAGGACAUAAAAAUACUACAUGUUAAACGAUUAAGCAUCGAUGAAUACCCGUUAAAACGAAUAUAGUCAAUAUAAAAAAUGUAUUAUCAAAAUAUAUAGAUAGAUGAUACAUCUUCACAAAAUCAUACAUUGUGUUAUAAAUGGAUUAGAGAAACUUAUUGAAUGGUUAAAAUAAUAGUAGUAUAUAUAUAAACUGUACUAAUUUUCAGAAAACAUUAACACAUCGAAUUAAACAUUUUAAAGAAUUUACGAAAUUUGUGAAAAUUUAUACAAAAAGAAGUAAAAGAUUUUGCAAAAUGAUAGGAAUGGAAACUGGACCAAAUUAAUUUACAAAUAAAAUUUUAUUAGAAUCAAAAACUGUAGAUCGGUAUAUCGUUGUGAACGUAUGGUAUGUUAGAAAUGUAAAAAAGAAGAAGCCGUUGUAUGCAGUUUAUCUGCAUUUUAGUGUAGAAGAAAGGUGUUUAUAGGCCUACGUAUACAAUUAGUUAAUAAUAUUGCCUAGAAAUACCACGAAUUUGAAUCAUAUAAGGAUGGAAACGAUUAUUUUGGUUAUAGAGAAGAAAUAAACUACGUAACAGUAUAAAAUUUUGAACCGUGAUUUGUAGAAAAAUGAAAUGUGUAGAGAAAAGAAAACACAACCUCGAGUGAACUAUCUUCUUAAUAGAAGUUAAUGUUUUAUACAAGCUUUUUGUAUUUUUGUAAAUAUGCAUUUUAUAUACAUACAUAUAAACUUCACUAGUAUAAAAAUAAACAAAGGCUUCAUAUCUAAUUAAUAUAUUGAUUCAACAUUCUUAUAAAACAUGAAACAGAAUACAGCAUUGUAUUGAGAUACACACACACACACACACACACACACACACACACACACACACACACACACACACAUGUACAUAUAUAUAUAUAUACUCGUGUCUUAAAUGAUUUUCAAUAAUUUCGUUUCCUUUUAUCUACUCAUAAUUGAUCGAUAAUGCCAGAUAAUAACAUAAGAUCCUUUCCAAAGUUGUAAGUACUUAAAAGCGUAAAUUUAAAGCUUUCAAAAAAUAUACAAUAUAAAUAUUUGAUUCAAUCACAAGAAUGUCGAUAAAGUAGAAUUCACCGUUGUUCAGACAUGG